AUGUCCAGAGCAAUUCGUAGAUAUGUCAAUUCUAAGGAAGAGAUGGAAUACAACAGAGGAUUAAGUGCUGAAGAAAUGCAAGCAGCUAAAUUGAGAAAAGCUUUUAUUUAAAAAUAUAUUGCAGAUUUUGAUACAAACUUCUAUAAGACAUAAGAAGAAAGAGAUUGGGGAUAUGUAGUCAGACGAGAAUACCGAUAUGAUGUGACAUAUACUUCACUUGUUGAUGGAUGGGCAUGUGCUGCUGCUGUCUCUAUGGUGAGAAUGUUUUAAACAAAAAGAUUCUCCUGGGCACCAUAUUUUGUAGUUUGGCCUAUUGCUUAUCUCUACUUUUAACCAAUUCAAUUUUUGAAGCACAAUAAGAAAUAUUUUGACAUGUGUAAUUUAGGGGAAACCUUCUAUCUUGGCAGAGAAAGAAAUAAGGUUCUGGCUGAGUGUAAUAGAAUCUUGGAUAGAGAGGAUUUCUGA